AUGGCGGGCGCUUUCGCCUUCCCCGACUUUUUCGAGUACCCACCGUACUUCACGAUCCAACCCACCCCGGAGACGCAGAGGAAACAGAUCGAGCUGUGGAAGUCCCUCAUCCUCAGGUACUGCCAGCACCACAAGACGCACGUGCUCAACCUCGAGGAAGUGGACCACCCGCUCUUCUCCAACCCGCGGUGCGACCGCAAGCUCUCGCUGGACGCUCGGCGAACGCUGGUGGAUGAGCUCGCAAAGGGCGGCGGCGCAGAGUGGCUCGGGUCGGGUCGGACCCGAUGCGUGGUUUUGUGGCGGUCGGUGGCGAGCUGGGGCGAGGCCAUGCACGCGUGGGCGUGCGAGUUGGGGCACCAGGGGACGGUGGUGACGGUUGGGGAGAUUGCUGAUUCGCGGGAGGGGCCGGGCGGGGAUUUCGUCGGGGUGGACGCGGAGAUUGUCGUCAGGGCGGCGAGGUACCUGGAGGCGACCGGCAAGGCGGCGGUGCUGGUCGGGGAAGGGGGCGACGACACCGGGGUGAAGUUCUUGUGA